UUUUUUUUUUUUUUGGGGUUUUCAGCCAUUGACAGCCCCUCACGGGGGUGGGGGGUGUGGUGCUGGGGUGCCUCGGAGCGGGAGGUCUCCAGCAUCUCUCUUUGCCAAUUGGAUAUUGCCAAGCGAGAAUUGAUAACGGAACGAAGCGAUGCCCGUAUUCUCUGUUUUAUCUCUGCCUCAAAUCAAUUGAACAAGAAAUGAUAAUUCCACUGCAACUCCUUCCUCCCCAAACCCAAACCCAAACCCAAACCCUAGCCCUUCUCCCCUCACUCAACCCUUCCCCAAAACCCCAUCCCAAAACCCUCCUCCACUGCCUCACUCCUCUCCAAACUCCCUCUGUACUCACUCCCCACCUCACCUUCACCACCACCACCAUCGCCACCGACUCUGGCCUCUGCUUCCGCGAGAAGCUCCUCUACCUCCAAACCCUCAAAGUCAAUCCCUCCAAAGCCCUCCACAAGAACCCUAAUUUCCGAUCAGCCCCACUCGACUCCCUCAAAUCAGUAAAGAAAUGCCUCUACUCCAUGGGCAUCGACCGCUUUGCCUUGGGCCGCAUCUUCGACAUGUACCCCCAGCUCCUCACCUGCGAUCCCUACUCUGAUCUCUACCCUGUUUUCGACUUCCUAUUGAACCACGUUAAUAUCCCUUUCCCCGAUAUCCGAAUAUCGAUCAUUCGCUGCCCCAGACUCUUAAUUUGCAGUGUAGAUCACCAAUUGAGACCCGCAUUACGAAGUAGGUUGGCUUUUUGGUUUUUUGGCUUUUUUGGCUAUUUUAGCCUGGGCUUAAAAGCUUGGUUUGGGAAUGACUUUUUGGUUUUUUUGAGUUUUUUUGUAAGAGAAGAA